CUGGCUGGAGGGCGCCAGGCUGCCGCGGGUGGUUCACGGCCGCCCGCUGGAGUGAAGGGGCGGUGGCGGCAGGGGCCGGUCUGGCGGCGCGGACCGAGCUCCUAGCUCGGGCAGGUCACCACUUACAGGACAAGAGCCAUGAGCCUUGUGGCCUGCGAGUGCCCUCCUGGCCCAGGCCUGGAGCCUGAGCCUUGCUCCAGAGCACGGUCCCAGGCCCGUGCGUACUUGGAGCAGAUUCGCAACCUGGUGGCUCCUGGGGCCCCGGACAUGCCCAAGCGUGACUACCUGGUGGAUGCAGCCACGCAGAUCCGGCUGGCCCUGGAGCGUGAUGUCAGUGAGGACUAUGAGGCCGCCUUCAACCACUACCAGAACGGCGUGGACGUCCUGCUGCGAGGCGUGCACGUCGACCCCAACAAGGAGCGACGUGAGGCUGUCAAGCUGAAAAUUACCAAGUAUCUGCGGCGGGCCGAGGAGAUCUUCAACUGCCACCUGCAGAGGACUCUUGGAGGAGGAGCAAGCCCUGGCACGGGUUUCAGCAGCCUGAGGCUCCGGCCCAUCCGCACACUGAGCUCUGCCCUGGAGCAGCUGAGGGGCUGCAGGGUGGUUGGGGUCAUCGAGAAGGUGCAGCUGGUCCAGGACCCGGUGACUGGAGGGACCUUCGUGGUAAAGAGCCUGUCCAGGUGUCAUGUGGCGAACCGGGAGCGGCUCACCAUCAUCCCACAUGGCGUCCCCUACAUGACUAAGCUGCUUCGGUACUUUGUGAGUGAGGACUCCAUCUUUCUGCACCUGGAGCAUGUGCAAGGAGGCACUCUCUGGUCCCACCUGCUCUCCAAAGGGCACCCCCAACAGUCUGGGCUCAAGUCUGGCUCCAGCCCAGAGAUGACGAAGGCUUCGCUCAACUCACCCCCUGGCCUGCAGACCCCAGCACUGCUCCCCCUGGGACCCACCCUCCUGCAGGACAGAAUCCUUCUGAAGCCUCCACAGAUCUCUGAGAACCUUCCCCAAGCCAGGGGUGCCCCAUCCAUCAGUCCCCAGGGAGAGGCUGCACAUGGCCCUUCAGCCAGGACCCCUAUUUUCUGCCCCUCGGACCUUCUGAAGGCCUCAAGUGGCCGCCUGCACCUCCAAGCCAGGCAGGGACCCGGCCAGAACUCAGACACGAGGCCCUCUUGGGGGGGUCUCCCUUGGGUUCAUCAGGGAGCUGUCCAGGUGCUGAGGGCCUGCAGCCGAGGCAAAAGCCCAAGCCGACCCUUAGCAGAUAGGGGCCACCCCGGGACCAGCAGGGGCUCCUGGCAUGUGAACGAAGAGCAGGUGAGGCAGUGGGCAGCGGAGAUGCUGGUGGCACUGGAGGCGCUGCAUGAGCAAGGGGUACUGUGCCGAGAUCUCAAUCCCCGGAACCUGCUUCUGGACCAGGCAGGUCACAUCCGGCUCACGUAUUUUGGCCAGUGGUCAGAGGUGGAGCCCCACUGCUGCAGGGAGGCGGCAGACAAUCUCUACAGCGCUCCAGAGGUGGGCGGGAUUUCCGAGCUGACAGAAGCCUGUGACUGGUGGAGCUUUGGGUCUCUGCUGUAUGAACUGCUGACUGGAACUGCACUGUCGCAGAGCCACCCCUCAGGAAUCCAGCCCCAUACCCAGCUCCAGCUGCCCGAGUGGCUCAGUCGCCCAGCGGCCUCCUUGCUGACUGAGCUGCUGCAGUUUGAUCCUGUGAGACGCCUUGGCGCUGGAGGAGGUGGUGUCAACAAGCUCAAGGCCCACCCCUUUUUCAGCACCACCCAGUGGAGCAAACUGGUGGGGUAAGAGGGGCGGAGUGGGCCAUGGAAGCUGCUGGACUGGUCUGGAUUGCCUCUUUGCCGGUCACCUGGAGCUGGCCCAUGUAAUCAGUGACCCCUGGGCAAAGACGGCAGGGUGGCUGCUCUUCCUGCUCAGCCCCUCUCCUGGGCACCAGAAGUGACCAUCGCCACUGCCCAGAAGACCCUGGGCGUGCCCCGGCCAGCUCUGGAGACCCUUUCUAGUCAUUACUGAAGGGGAAGGACCGGGACAUCUCACCCCACCAGGCAGAUUGGACCCCUCCACCCACCCAUCCUCCAGCCGUCAACAGAUGCCUGGGCCUUGACUGCAGAGCUGCUGUGUUAAACGGUGCCUUCGGUGGAUUUAGCUCGGAGCUCCUGACCACCUGCUGAACUGACUGCAAGGUUUUGUGACCAUCUGCCCGGUGCCCCACUUGGGACCUCUCUGGAGACUCAUCUUAGGAUACAGGUCCACUGGCUCCAUGGACCCAAACCAGGGCUGCCCUGCCUAGUCAUCUCAGGCAUGCACCUAGUGGUCCUCCCCCCCCUCCCCCGCCCCCCACCACUAGCCAGGCUACCCCUGCAGGACGUGGGCAGGCUGGGGAAGCAGGGAGAAGUCUGUAGUGGGCAUGGGGUGAGGGGGGGGACAGAAUGAUCUGCUCCCCAUCCUGACUAUGCCCCUGAUCUUGUGGUUUCAGACUUCGGAGAACAAAAGGAAGGUGUGAGAGGAAAAUAAGGAUAAGCGUAAUAAAAGAGGAGAGGGAGGAACGCACAGCUUGGCCACUUAAGAGUAAUUCUGUAAACAGCUGAGCUUCGUACCUUAGCCAGCCCACCAGUGCAGAAAAGGGGGGCAGACCCCUGGGUUGGAGAGGGGACCACAGUGCAGCCUCCAGGCUGAAGCCACCACCACACAUUGUACUCAUUAGGAUUCCCUUCUCAGGCAUUCAUCCUGUCCACCGUUUUUGCAUUUUCAUCUUGAGGGUCCACUCAAGUCACCGCCUACUGUGACUUCAUCCCCUUUUGAAGUGAGAAAGGACAAAACACGUGGAUUGCCUAAGCUUUAGCCAGAAGCAAAAUGUUUCUAGCCCCUGAAGAGCUGGGGUUAAGUAGUUACCCAAAGACAUCCCCUCCCCAGGUUUGGGAGCCCUCUAAUCCCUCUCAGGGUUCACCCUAUCGCUGGGGUGUGGCACCCAAGAAGGAAAUUUACACUAGACGGCUGCCCCCAACUCCUUCCUCCAAGUGUGUCUGACACCACCAGGUGGCGCCCUGACACUUCUCCAGUCUGGCUGUGAAGGUCCAGUCCUAACCCUAGAGGUUGGGACGCCAGGGAGCGUGGCCUGUUUGUGCUCUCCCUGCGCCUUGGCCAUGACUCCCCCCCCCCCCCCCACAAUAAAGCCUGCUGGUACCCUUGGUGUUCCUGCCUCCUGAAUGCUGAGACCAGCCCUGCCCUAAGGAGAGAUUGGAAGGCUCCCCCAGAGAAACACCAUACUAGUCAAGAGGGAGCCUGGAGUCCACUACAAGGUAGGAAGCAGGGCUGGUGAAGGGCAUGCCAGCUGUGCCCUGCAGAGGAAGUGCUGGCACGUAGGGGACACUGGAAUCUGGGAAAUAAGGUAGGAAGAGAAACCUUAGAAGAGGGUCAUAAUGCCUGGGGAGAGGGGAACCCUGCUCUUAUCCUGUGACCCCGGAGAUGGAUGGUGACUCCCAUUUCAAAGACGUUAAGGAUAGGGCCUGGUGGGGCCUGUUCACGAGUCUGUUCCUCUUGCUACACUGCUUCUGACCACUGCUGCACGGAAGGGGGCGUUGCUUCUGGAACUUCUGGGCCUCAUCCAUGCAACGAACACUUGCACGCCUGAUCCUUCGCUGGGCCUGGCAUUUUAAAUACUGUUGUCUCAGUCUUUA